CAACCGAUGCUGCUAUAAUGGGAGCUCUUAUUAAAGUAAAAAACGACGGGCAAGUUUUACAAGCGCCCUUUGAUGCCUUUAAAUUCCCCACUUCAGAAAUAGUUCAAUUUAAAGCACUGGUAACUCCUUGUCUUCCCAACUGUCAACCCGCUAUGUGCAACGUGGCCAACUUCGAAGGAAUUAAUCACCGCGAGCAAUCGUACGGCAAGAGAAGAAAACGAAAAGCAGAAGAAUCCGAAGAUUUAGUUGUUGUACAGACGGUCAGAAUAGUUGACAAAUUUGGUUUUGAACGAAAUGAAAAAAGAUUUGAUGAUGAGGAUAAGUCCAAUACGGGAAAUCAAGGUAAAAUAUUUUCCUGAUUACAUUUUAAAAUAGAAAAAUCAGAUAGACUUAAUUUACUAACUUUUAAAAAGAUUUUUUGCUAUAAUAUUUUUCACGAAAUUUAUUAUAUUCUUUAUUGCGCGAAAUACAAUAUAGAGGUCUUCUUUGUGUCUUGCUACAGAGAAACGGCCUCUGAUUAUUCUCUUUAGUCUUUGCCAUAAGUUUUUUCUUAGUCUGCAAGAGGCCAACUCAUUCCUCUUAUGAGAUCCUAAUAAGUAAUACAUUGCACUUUUCGUCAUUAUUUUCGUAAAAUGCACUUAAUUUAUUC